CCGCCAAUGGAAUAUUUCAUAUUUGGCGUCUGUUCAGUGUUCACUCCGUUCACUGCCGUUCACGUUCUACAAAUUACAGAUACUACAGAUAAACCUUAAGCCACAUUUAAUUUCCAAAAUUAUCAUUCUUUUAUAUUUUUAAACUCACCUUGUGGAAGGUUAGAGGUUGGAGGUGGCACUUGCUGAAUUGAUCGUAUCAUCUCUGGCGAAACCUAAACAAGAAACGAGAUACCCUUAUACUAAGAACUUUAUCAUAAGAAUUCUAUAUUUUAUACGCUCGAUAUUAUUAAAAACAAAAAUUUGCACAAUUUGGAGCACAUAAGCAAGAUGGAUCAGGACUUGAAAUCUAAAAUUGACCAAGCUUGUCGCACUGCAGAAGAAUUCACAAAACUGUAUUACGAAUCUUUAGACAAGCGGAGACAUCUGAUUUCAAGACUGUAUAUGGACUCUGCUACUCUGAUAUGGAACGGAAAUGGUGUAACUGGCAAAGAUAAUAUACAAAAAUUUUGGACAGAUUUACCAUCUUCAGAACAUAGUAUUCAUACUCUUGAUGCUCAGCCGAUUGCAGGUCCAGAGGUAGCCAACCAAUUUACGCUUCUCGUCAAAGUUGGUGGUCAAGUGAAAUAUAACGAGAAGGCUCCAAAAUCGCUUAAUCAGACUUUUCUACUUACGGCUAUGGGCGAUAAAUGGAAAAUAGUAAGCGACUGUUUUCGAGCACAAGAAUUAUUAAAUAGCAAUACGAGUUAGUUAUAUUGCAUUUAGUAGGUGUAUUAAAAGAUUAAUAAAUAAUAAAUAAUAAAGAUAAGAAAUAUUAUUUUGUAUUGUGACAUACAGUUUAAUAUUUUUAGACAUUUCUCUUUUGUAAUAUGUGAUAUAUACGAAUACAUAUAUCAUUCAUUUGCUAAAAUAUAAAUUCAAAAAUCAGUAUUUUUCUAAAAAAAGAAAAAAUUUUGAUGAAAAUUCAAUGUACCUAGUGAAAAUCGUUACAUCAAAUUCACAUUUAAAAAGGAUAUUAUAAAAUUUUAAUGAUUCAAAACAUUCAAACUGGAAAAUGUUUUUUGAAUUAUGUCAUAAAUAACCGAUAUAUACGUAUAUCUGUACAUGUAUUAAUCAAUUCACUUGUAUUACACCAGAUUAGUGCAUACUGUUGUACAAGUUGUGAAGUUAGUAAGGUUAAAUGUAAAAACAGAUGAACAAUUAAAUACCUAAUAAUGAUAUUGUCACAUCAUUAACAAAAUACACAUGUAUUAUCAUAUUUCAUUGUUAAAGUUGAUUAUAUUAUGCUACUGUA